AUGAAUUUGUUAGUAUUUACAACUUUUAGUCGGGCUGAUUGGCCCGAAACUUCAACUUGGGCCAAAACAGAACGUUAUGGCCAUGAACACAAAACUGUCCUACAAUUCUACUUCCAUGAGAUUUCUAUUGGGGAAUCCUCCACCAUUGCAUUGAUCGCCCAAGCCAAACCCGCUGACCCGAACGAUGUAUUCCCUUUCGGCAACUUGUACAUGGCCGACGAGUUUCUAACUGUCGGCCCGAAAGCAAACUCAACGCUCAUCGGCCGGGCCCAAAGUUUCUCCGGGUCAUCAGCUUCUCAAGAAGGUGUGAACUCUUUUAUGGGCCUGUGUUAUAGCUUUGUUAACGGGGUCCAUAAUGGGAGCUCGUUUAACAUUUUGGGCCGAAACUCGAUCUUGAAUCCGAUUAGGGAGUUACCGUUUGUUGGUGGUACGCGUAUUUUUAGAAUGGCCCGUGGUUAUGCAAUGGCCCAACAAUCCCACUUGCAUGGAUCUGGUCCACGCUAUAAUUACCGUGGACCAGGGUAUUUUUGUAAAUUAAUGUGA